AUGAGUCAACAAAAAAUGCAUGUUAUUAAGAUAGAAAAAGGAAAAACAAAUGAAUAUUACUCCGAAAUAGUCAAAAAAGGCGAUGAGACUAUUUUACUUCUUUAUGAAUCAGAUACAGCAAAAUUUGCAAAGUUUGAUUACGAUUUAAAGAAAACUUACGCAUCAAGUGGAUCAACAGUAAAUUCUUUGUAUUUGAUUACCCCAUUAACUGAUUUCAUUCUUGUUUUUGAUGGUCCAAAUGACAAAAAUAAUUUUCUUCAAAAAUUAACUGCAGUUUCAAUCAUCAAAAAAGAUAACGAUUACAUGGAAACAUUACAAGAACAAAUUGCACCAACAGUCAAAUUCUCAAUGCAUGGAAUUUAUUGA